AUGGCCGAACCUUGGUUCACUCUUAUUGAUGCAGAAAGUAACGAAGAGUAUAAAAUUUUAAUAUCGUCUACAGAUGCUGCAAGAAAUUAUAAUGAAUUUGCUUAUUCAUUAUUGCGUCAAGCAAAAAAAUACACAAAUAAAGAAGAUACAUUUACAAAUACAGAUGCAAAAUAUGAUGAAGUGAGACAUGAUGAAACAGAGGUGCAACGCAAACCUGAUGAUACUGCAGACUGUAGUAUUGAAAUCAAUACAAAAGAGCAACAUAUAUGGACACGAGUUGAAACGUUGUUAUUAAUUAAUUUAUAUAAGGAGCAUAUGGAAAUGUUCAAUAAUCCAAAAAUUAUAGCCAGGCAAUGUUGGAACAAUAUUUCAAAAAAAAUAGGAGAAGCAGGACAUCAAAUAUCACCAAUAAAAUGUUCCACCAAAUUUCAGUGUUUGAAAAGAACGUAUAAAUCUGUUACUGAUCACAAUAAAAAGUCAGGAAACAAUAGGAAAAAAUGGGAAUAUUAUGAGGUUAUGCAUGAGAUAUUUGGAACCAAACCUUGGAUUGCUCCAAUAGCGACAGCUGGGAGUAACAUUAAUAUUAUAAGUGAAGAUACAGAAAACGAAGAUCCAAUAAAACUAGUACCAAAGAAGCGAAAAAUUAACAACAUAUUAGAAGAUUAUUGUGAAAAAUCUUUAAAAUUUAAAAAGGAAAAAGAAGACAAUCUUGAAAAAAGACAUAAAGAAAGAAUGACGCGUUUAAGUAACAUAGAAAAUUUAAUUACAGAAAUACUCAAAAAAUAA